CUUAAUGUCAUUUUCAGACACAAGCAAUUAAUUACAGAGACAGUUACGAAAGAGAAAGAAAGAAGAAGAAGAAGAAGAAGGAAACACAAUCUAUGACGGAAACUGGUGAUGGUCAUCUUGCUACAGUUCCAACCAGCGUGAGCAAGCCGUCAGUCCCAUUUCUUGUUAUCUUCAAAGAUUUAAGCCAUGUAUUCAGCUGGGAUAAAAUUGGGCGAGAGAUUCUAGGCAUGGCGUUUCCAGCAGCUUUGGCUUUGGCUUCUGACCCAAUCGCCUCUCUGAUUGAUACCGCUUUUAUCGGGCGUUUAGGAGCGGUUCAGCUAGCGGCGGUUGGAGUCUCCAUUGCCAUAUUCAAUCAAGCUUCUAGGAUAACUGUAUUCCCACUUGUGAGCAUCACAACUUCUUUCGUGGCGGAGGAAGACACUAUGGAGAAAAUGAAAGAAGAAGCAAACAAAGCCAAUCUUGUUCAGGAUUCCUUGGAAAAGGGUCUUUCUUCACCGUCAAGUAACACUACCAACCAGCCACCACAGGAAACGCCAGCUUCGGAUACAAAGCCAAACAGCGAAACCAAAGCUAAGAAAAAAGGGAAGAGGACAAUUCGAACAGCAUCAACAGCCAUGAUCUUGGGGUUAAUUCUCGGCCUUGUGCAAUCUAUUAUCUUGAUUUUCAGUUCCAAGUUGCUUCUAGGCGUCAUGGGAGUGAAGCCGAAUUCGCCAAUGAUAGCACCAGCGCACAAGUACUUGAGCAUACGAGCUUUGGGGGCUCCUGCAUUGCUUUUGUCUCUUGCUAUGCAAGGCGUCUUUCGUGGCUUCAAGGAUACCAAAACUCCUCUCUUUGCCACUGUCGUAGCAAAUCUUACUAACAUCGUCCUCGACCCCAUCUUCAUUUUUGUGCUUCGUCUUGGGGUCAGCGGUGCAGCCAUAGCCCAUGUCAUUUCUCAGUACUUUAUGACUCUAAUUUUGUUCGUCCUCCUCGCAAAGGAAGUUAAUUUGAUGCCACCAAACUUCGGGGAUUUGCAGUUCGGAAGGUUCCUCAAAAAUGGGCUAUUAUUGCUGGCGAGGACCAUAGCUGUGACGUUUUGUCAGACCUUAGCAGCAUCAAUGGCCGCUCGGCUCGGUACAACGCCAAUGGCAGCUUUUCAGAUUUGCUUACAAGUCUGGCUAACUUCUUCUCUUCUCAAUGAUGGUCUUGCUGUUGCUGCUCAGGCGAUUCUGGCUUGUUCGUUUGCUGAGAAAGACUAUAACAAAGUGUCUGCUGUUGCAGCCCGUGUUCUACAGAUGGGUUUAGCGUUGGGACUUGGACUGUCCCUUUUCGUUGGACUGGGUCUCCACUUUGGUGCCGGAAUAUUCUCCAAAGACGCUGCUGUUAUUCGCCUCAUGGCCAUUGGAAUACCGUUUAUAGCAGCAACGCAGCCAAUAAACUCACUCGCCUUUGUAUUGGAUGGAGUCAAUUUUGGAGCAUCUGAUUUUGCUUACACUGCAUACUCCAUGGUAGGAGUGGCGGCCAUUAGCAUUGCAGCAAUAAUAUAUAUGGCAAAGACCAAUGGUUUCAUAGGAAUAUGGAUAGCUCUUACCAUCUAUAUGGCUCUCCGAGCUAUUACUGGAAUUGCCAGGAUGGCAACGGGAACUGGACCGUGGAGGUUCUUGCGUGGGCGAUCCUCAUCAUCUUCUUAGGACUUGCUUAGUUUAUAAACGAGUUGCAUCUUUCUCAUCUCCCUUCUUCGUUCUUUUUGUUUCUAGUUCUUGUGUUUUGUUUUUUCUUCAUAUUUUGUUCGAGAGACCCGUUAUCUUUUAUAGUUUCAACAUAAAUAAUUGGAUCAGAGGUGUUUAUCUAUAUAACGCAUAUUAAUUUAUUAUCCAAAGAGUUUAUAUUUUUGUGUA